AAAUUGCGGCGUCGUUUGAAAGAAACUGUAAACUAGUACUAAUACCAGCGCAGAAUAAGAAAUAGAAAAAUACAAUCAACAAAUCACAAACAAACUUUGGCCGCAAACUGUCAAAUUGGGAACUAAAGCUGCCUGCCUGCCAUAGAAAACCCAGUGCCUUUUUGUGUCGACCAAUUCAGUUGCCCAGAAAAUCCCGUGUCCGGCAAUCUUAAUUUCGCCUGGCUAGCAGUUCCGGAAUUUUGUUUAUAGAAGAUGACCCUUCCGCGUUUGGAUACUCCGCUCCGUCGUUCCGCGGUGGGCAGUUACCACGAAGGCAUGUCCCGUAUGAUGACCCCACAGAACGACGAUGAGGCGGAAAGGCGGGAAGCCCGCCGACGCACGCUCCUCCAGCAGCAUCGCCAAAGCACUCUGGAGUCCAUCGAGGACAACGAGACCAUCCGCAAUUGCCUGGAGAUCUACAAUGGCAACAAGCUAAGUAAGGACAACGCCUGGAGCCUUACGCUCAUCGAUUCGCUGGCCAAUUUGCUGGACCACCAUCACAAGCGGAUGAGCAACUUCAAGAUAGCGGGCUCUUCGCUGGAGGCCUCUUCCAAGGUAUACGGACUGCGUGUGGACUCCAUCUACCUGGAUGCCAUGCGCAUUUCAGCUGGAUUAAGUGCCCGCACUCUCACGGAUAAGCAAAUAAACGCAGCCGAGGAUGACGAUGGCCCCCAGGGUGAACAGGCGGCUGGCGGUGGACAAGAUGCAGGGGAGCUGGCCCAAAAUCAAGCACCUACCAAGCCGAAGAGGCAGAAGAAAAAUGUGUCCACCGUGACCAAGAAUAAGGACACACUAAAUAGCCGUCUGGAUACGGCGCCGUUGCAGGAUCCUGUCUUUGGCAAACUAAACUCUACAGUUGGCUCCAUCAACGCAUCAAAUCGCCUGAUGCACAAUAUUCUACCCAGUUUGGACUCGGAGCUGCGUCUGCGCACCACAUACAGAUUCUGGGACAGCGAAGCGUGCGCUGAGGAGAUCCAGGAUCACACAACGCUCAAUGCAGACAAGGAACAGUGGCCAGCUGAGUCGCUUGUUAGCUGCGCCUGGCUCCGCAAACUUCUGCCUCAGGCUGAAAGAUUGAAUCUGCGUCCGCUGCACACGGGCUACAUCAUCACAAGUGCCCCUAAUCCCAAGGCGUCCAGCGACAAGCCCACCGAGUCCACGCAGGAUGAUGACGAGGGACUGGACAACGCCGACGAUAUGUGCGUGAAUGAGAUCUCCAUGGCCUUCGACAUCAAUGCCGAGUGUGAGCCCAUGCCGGACUUGGAUGGACCACCGCCGCUGGUCCUGGAGGUGGACUCCAAUGAGCUGGAAGAGCUCACCACCGAGGAGCAAACGGUGAUCAAUAAUUGUCGCCGACUGCGCAAGCAAACGGAGUUCAUCAAUGAUUUGCGACCGAUAGAUGGCAGCUCCAAGCUGGAGUACUCAUACAGGCCAAUGGAGCAGAUCUCCCAGUUCUGGGCCGGACCCUCGCACUGGAAGUUCAAGCGCACCCGGCCGCGGAGCACAUUUUCGCAGACCAAUGGCCAGGCGGAUACCCAGCCCGUUCGCAAUCCGCGGUCCAAGAAGUCGACGCAUCUGAACGCCAAUCGGAGGGCCAAGGCAGUAGCAUACGGCAAAGUGACGGAGAACGCCUUUCAACCGCUGGACACCACAAUUAGGCAGCGCCGUGUGAACUUUCAAAAGAAGUGGGACUCCCGCAAACUGGUUCUGCCCACGAAGUUCAAUUUGGAUCCGGACUAUUUCUUCAAAUACGAGUCGGCGCCCAGCAUAAAAUUGUCGCAGCGUGCGGGACAGCCUGAUUCGGAUGAGGGCGGAGAUCUUGGCAUCGACAUGGGAGCUGACAUCCAUCACGAUGAGGACAACGAUCAGGAUCUAUUCAAUAACGAGCAUUUCACCGAUGCCGUCCCCGCCAGCGUGAGCGUUAUUGCGGCGAUCGCCGCCGAGCAAGGGGCCGAGGGCAUGAUGGAUGUGGACGCGGGCGAGAUCGGUCUCACCCAGAUGAAUGCCACCUGCAAUAACACAGUCUUCGAGAUUGGUACAGAGUUCGAGGGUGCGCCUUCGCAGGUUACCAAAGUGAUUGUUCCAUUCGCAAAGCGUGCCAAGGUGAUAGACAUGAAGAAUCUGAAAAAGUCCUGCAAUUCCCUAAUACAAAAACAACUGCUAACCGAUGUCAACGAGGAGACGAUACCCGCGCAUCCAACGAAAAAGGACGAACAUUAUGCAAAGGGUGUGGCAAGUUUCCACGAGGUGUACAAUAAGCUACCCAACCUGUUAACUACCAAAAUGUCCGAUUCGCUGUCCCCGUCGGUGGCGUUCUAUGCAGUUCUGCAUUUGGCCAACGACCAGAAACUGCGCCUUAUUCAACAAGAAGACUUAGAUGACUUUCACAUCCGGCAAAUUUUGGAAUAACUUCAUGUUAUAAUCAUGCAAUUUAUCGUUUAAGUUGCCUUUUAUCAUUGUUGAGUCACCACUAUCACACGGCUAUCUCCCAAUCUCUUAACUUUUAUUGUAACUCAGUAGGUGUAACUCUUAUCAGUAUUCCCAAAGAAAUACCCACUUCCCAGUCGAAUCGAAUUUUUAUAAUUUAACAAAACAAGGUUCUGGUGAACUAUGAUUAAUAAAAAACAUAACGCAGCAUC